AUGCGUAUCGAGGCCAUUCUCCUCGGCGCUCUCGCGGGUCUCGCCAUGGCUGCUCCUCAGCAUGGCAUCUCCGACGCCCUCUCCAGUGUCACCGUCACUGCAGUCGCCUCGAGUCCUUCCGAGGCCCCUGAGACCUCAUCCUCCUCUCCACCCACGGACGACCACGUCCACACCCUCCCAACCUCCUACAAGCUCGACCCCCAGGGCUUCGUGCACAUGGCCGACGACGGCGUCCUCCGCUCCUACGCCGCCAACGGCAGCAUCCUCGACGCCCUCCCCUUCUCCAACACCCAAAUCAAGCGCAUGAUCGACGACUCUCCCGCCCACACGGCCCCCAUGCGCGAGCACCUCCUCUCCACCUUCGACAGCAUCUCCGGCCACGUUGUCCAUCCCGACCAUCACCUCAACCCGCCCCGCGAAGUCCUGCACUCCGAAUUUGGCGGUCCCAGCCCGUACGAGGACGACGAGAUGUACGCGGAGAUGGACCGGCUGUACAAGAAGAGCGUCAAUGAGCUCGAGAAGGUCAAGCGCACGCUCGAGGCUCGGACGCUGUACUGCAUUGGCAAGGAGUGUAACAGCACUGAGUCCUGCGGCAUCUUGGGCUGUGUUGUGUGCAUGCACUGGGAUCGGGCCUCGUCGAGGAAGCGGUACUGCUUCUAUGAGGCGGUCAACGGCCUGUAUUGGAAUCAUGGCAGUGGCUUGUGA